UGCCAGAGCGUAAAUGAGAGGCGGCCCGUCCGCAUCAAAGGCAACACCACAUCAUCACCAAGCCCCAGAAUUACACACACGUUCAACGACCUUAAUCAAGCACCAUGAGUUUCGAAACCAGCGCCGAGUUUAUGCCUGAGCCCUUCCCGGACAACGUGCCUGUCGCGGACCUGGCUCGCAUCAGCCUGGCCAAGCUUCUGGACGAUGACCAGGACGAGGCAGCGCUCUUGUUCGAAGUGUGCAAGACCAAUGGAUUCUGCUACCUUGAUCUCACGACCCACCCAAAGGGACUUGAGCUGAUCAAGGACGCCGAAGAGGUCCACCGCGCCUCGAAGGAGGCGUUUGAGAAGACUCCCAUUAACGCGAAGCGGGAGUUCAAGACACGCCCGCCGGAGACGGGCCUUCUCGACACCGGGUACAGAGAGACUGGCUGUGGCGACGAUGGCUUGCCGAACAAGCUCGAAAUGUUCAACAUAUCGCAAGCAGGCCUGUUUUCGGGCACCGAGGAUUACAAGCUGCCGCCAUUCCUGGCUCCACACGAGGACACGUUCCGCGACAUUCUGAGGCGUGCUAAUGUGGUGCACAAUGUGAUUUUGGGGACGUUGGAGCGGCAGUUGAAGCUGCCAUCGGGCACGCUGACUUCGAUCCACAAGCUGACCCAACGGUCGGGCGACUUUGUGCGCAUCCUCAACUACCCUGCGCCCAAGGACGGCAAGCCGCUGGCCGACCCGCCCACGCCACCGCACCGCGACGCUGUCAGCGUGGCCUUCCUCUUUACCUGGCAGGGCGGGCUUCAGAUCACGGCUGCGCCCAACGAGUACCGCCGCAUUGACACGGCUCUCGAGGACGAGGAGAGCUGGCAGUUUGUGCGCCCGCUGCCCGGCCAUGUCAUCAUGAACCUCGGCGACGCCCUGCACAUCCUCACCAACGGUCUGCUCAACUCGGGCAAGCACCGCGUUGUUACGCCCCCCGGCCGCCAAGCUCUGCAUGACCGCAUCAGCGUGCUCUUGGUCGCCCGGCCUGAGGAGUCCACCCAAAUGCGUACCUUGCCUAGCCCCUUGCUGCCGCCGGGCAACUACCUGCCCACUGACAUGACGGCCAAAGAGUGGGGCCAGGAGAAGGUCAUCCGCGUCCUCCGCUUGAUGGACAACGCGAAGCACUGAUCGGUUUGGACACUUCCCAGCAGCGCAAUGCAACAGAUUGAAACAGGGCAAAGGCUGGGGAUACAAGGCAGCUCUCGGUAUAUUGUUUUCUUUUCAAAUGAAACAUCAUUCUCUACGCUGCAGUGUCAGAUAACGUGACGGCCCUUUCUUUUUGAGA